AUGUUAUAUUUUGGUUCAUCUGAUCUAUACAAGCUUCGUAUUCGUUGUCCCACGGAGAAUAAAUGUGGACGAUAUGGCUAUUGCUAUAUGAACGAAACCGAAACAUUAUGUGAAUGUAAAUUUUGGUGGGAAGGAGAACUAUGUAAUCAACAAUCAGAUAGUGGAAAACAAGUUAUUAUACUUGGUUGUUUGACGGCAACACUUAUUAUCAUUUUUUACAGUUUACGAAUCAUUCGAAGGAUUUAUAAGAAAUGCAAAGAACCAAAAGAAAACAAGGAAAAGGAAAUAUCACAAGAUCCGAAACUUAUAAAUAUAGCAAUUCAACAUGUGAAAAAAUCAACUUCAGUAUCAUCACGUGUUAUUACUAUUUUGAUGAUUAUUGUUGCUACUGGAACUCUUCUUGCUAAAUGGUCAAUUAUAAAACAAAUUCAUGAUGAAAUAGUUAAUAAAUAUAACAAUAAAGAACCAGUAUAUUUUAGCAGAAAAUCUUUUUGUGAUAUAUUUGAUAUUCAGCAAUUCAAUGUAGUGACAUUUCCUGUUGCCUGUCUGCUUGUCAUCAUUUGUAUAGUAGUGACCAAGCGAAUCUCAUUUAUGCGAAAUAAAUGCUAUGGAUAUGGUGCACCACCAGUACCUCUUGAUUUUCUUUCACACUUAGAUCGAAAGUUUGCUGCUGUUAUUUUUGCCAUUAUAGCUGAUGAAUUGUUUGAAAUAGUACAGCAACUUGGUGGUUCAUCAGGUCCAAAGGAAGGCAUUCUUGUUACAUUUCUUUUACGUAUAUUUCAAGUACUAAUUAUGGGCUUUCGAUUUUAUCCUAUAUUAUCUUCUGUUUAUAUCAAUUCGAUAGUUACAUUAUUAUGUGCAACAAUAUAUGCAUGGCUUGAUUAUUCAUUUACAAUUGUUACUCAAGGUAUGUGUUACCCGUCUUAUUAUCCAACUUAUGAUGAUUAUUUACAAAAUUCAACUGAUAUUAAUGAUAAGUUAGAUUAUUAUGGUGCUGGUUCAGCACUGAUUGCUAUAGAAGUGUGUAGUAAUAUUCCACGAUAUCUUUGUUUAGCUUAUGUUAGUGUUAAAUUACCAGUAAUGCUUGUAGAAAAAAUAUAUAAUCAACGAAAAAAAAACUUAACAGAAGAAAAUAAAAUGGAGAUGCAAUUAACACGAGAAGGAAAGCUUCUAUUAACUGUAUCUCAUCCAGAUUCGACUGAAAUGCUUUAUGUACGAAAUUUAUUUCGUUCAGCUAAUCAGAGACCUCGAAGUCAAGUAUUAUUUGCUCGUUUAAUACCAAAAUUUAUUUAUGAAUGGAGAGAUGAUUUUCAAUUUUCAUCCCGUAUUUUAUGUGUUUAUGCAUCCAUAUUCUUUUUACUUUUCUUGGUUACUGUUCAAGCUUGUGUAGAACUGCUACCUGUCUUAAAUCUUAUUCAAUCAAGUCUUCAAACAAUGAUUGAUUCUAUCAUUGAUCUAAUUACUUUAAUAAUUAAUAUAUUCUCUAAUAAUGAUAAUGGCGAAGAUCCGGUUUCAAUAAAUUUUCCACUACCAAAUUUAGUUAAAUCAUACUUAUGUGCUGUAGCUAUGACAGUAACAAUUAUUGUUAUACAAUUAAUUGUAUUGUUAGCUAAUAUACGACGAAAUUUAUUACAGGUAUAUCGUGGUGAUGAUAGUGAAAUACCACGAAGACACAGAUCACAAUAUAUUUCAUAUGCUACAGGAAAUUUUCAUUUUGCUGGAUAUUUUAUUGGUUAUUUGAUAUGGGGUUUUAUUAUUAUAGCAUUCUUUUCAACAACAUUUUGUAUUUCUGUAGGUGCAUUUAUUACAUAUGGAAGUGUCGAAGUACUCGAAAAAAUUUUAAAAUUUAUACUACCAAGUCUUUUACUUGUUACUUUUAAAAUAUUUUUAAAUAAGUUGCUGGCACAAUAUGUUUUCUUACAGCAUUGUGGAGAUGUUUUAGCACUGAACAAUCGUCGAUCUUUUAUGAUAUUUAUUUAUUUUAAUUUCUUCUUAGAUGCUUUUCUUGGUUUUGUUUCAUCCAUAUUACGUUUUGUUAAAAGUAUUAUUGGUGCAACAUUUUAUAUGUGUCGAUUAGAUUAUUCACCAUUAGGUCGAAAAUUAGAAUCAUUCGAUAGUGGUUUUAAUGCUUAUUGUGGUUUUAUUCAUACAGAAUGUACUCAUCGACAUCCAGUUAUGUUAGUAUUCGUUUCACAUUUAUUUAGUGAAAUUAAACAACAACAAUAUUCAACGGCUCAUAUUGAUUUAGAUGAUUUUCCAUUCGAAGGAAAACAGGUAGUUGGCGUAAAAAAAACAUCAAGAUAUAUUCGAAAAUGGAGAUUAGCUGCUUUUCUUGUUCGAAAUCCAGCAAUUCUGUUUUUUCGAAAAACAUUUCUUAAAAAAUUAUCUCUUGAGGAUCUUCAUGCAAUAAAUGAUGUUGACAAUGAUAAUCAACAUAAUACUCAUCGAGGAGCGAAUUUUUAUACUCGUCAAAUGGCUGCACAAAGAGGAAGUUUUGUUACCGAAAUCGAUCCAACACAGAUUGUAAUUCAAAGAUUUUGA